AUGAACGGUGAUGAGAAAUUAGGGAUAUGGCUUUAUAGAACGUCCUUAGUUGUCUUGGUUCUCUUUUUCGUUGGGUUUUCGGUGGUCGUACCCAUCGAUGCCAUGGCUCAAGCGUCGCGAUCCACAAACGACGCUUUGAACACGUUUAUAGUGGUCGGCGCGUUUGUUGCAUUUGGCGUUUUGAGCAUUAUCAUUGCUGUUGGGCGAGUACUGGUCCAGCGCAGCUGUCUGCAGGAUAUUCCUAAGGGAUACCUCCCCAUUACGCCUGAGGACAUGCCCCACCAGCCGAGCAGGAGCAUGAUUUUAGAGCAGAUGGAUAGGUCGCAUAAGCUUGCUGUUUUGCUGAAGAAGCCAAAGGAACCUGUAACACAUGAUGGUCUGGCUCGACCUGACUCUGAUGACCAUGGACUACCGCCUCUUCUUAAUUAUGAAGAUAGCAUUAAAAUUAUCACGAGCAGGCUAAAGUAUCAGGGUGUAUUUUCCAACCUAGUGAAGCUUGACUCGGAUACUGGUGACACUUUUGCCACCAUUGCGAGGUCUAUGUCGGCCCAAAACAAGCUUUCCUCCAGCGAAGCCGCAGAGUACAUUAAGUUAUAUGAAGCGAUCAGGUUCUCUGGCAAAGAGAUCACAAAAGAGCAGUUUCUGCAAUUCAUGGAUCGGUCAAUUUUUUUCCUGGAUUCUUUGAUUUCUACUGGCAGUAUAGAGCCUCGUUCUCAUCGAGCAGGUGAUGGGCAAAAAAACUAUUCAUUUCCACCCACCAGGGCUCAAAAUACCUUGACAACCCCUUUGCAGCAAUACGUUACCGACUAUGCCGAUAACGAGAGUGUUGACACUACUAAUAUCAUUUUUCCUAGAAGUCCGGACUAUGCUCUAGAAAGUAGUUCAGCACUUCAUUAUCUUACAACCACUAAUACAAGUAGCACUGUUGCCAGAAAGGUCACGCCAAGUUCGUACAGAAAGGAUUUUAGUGGUCUUAAUGAAACUGCAAGCGAAGAAGCCUUCAGGGGAAACAACCACUUAAAACUUAACGAUAAUGAAAGUUAUGACUCCGUAGUAAAAAGGUGCUAA